CUAAGGACCAGGUCCGCUUGGAACCAUGUCCGCCAAAAACAACAAUGUCGACCUGAUCUCCACCCCCUCUUCAGGCUACGAAACGAGCCAAGCCCUCGCGCGCUCCCUCGUGAAAAGAUGUCACGAUCUUCUCGGAGAACUAGACGCAUUCCGCGCCCUUCUCGAGCAAACCCAGCGCAACCCCCAAUUAGUCGAGGUCCGAUCCCUGCGGUCUAAUGUGUUCUCGGAACUAAGGACGCUCGAGAAAGUAUCGGAGCAGAUUCAGGCUCUUGCUGCGGAUGCGGAUGCGGAUACGGAUAGUUCGCCUGAUGUGGAGGUCGAGCCGCGGCUGACGCAUGCGUUGCGGUCGUCGAAUUUGCCGUUUUAUGAGACGGUUUGGGAUGUUGCGAAGGGGAGUUGUAGUGGGUUGGUUGCGUUUGGGAAGAGGUUUUACUGGGAUGGGGAAGGGGUGGCCGUGGAGGGAGCCUCUGGAGAGAAGAAAUCGAAUAAGGAUAAGCGGAAGAGUGUUUUUGUGGACAUAGUGGCGGAUGAUGGGCAGGAAUGGGUGAAGGUUUCUACGAUCUCGGUGACGAGAUUGUUGUUUGAAAUGGCCAAGAAAGGCUGGGAAGCUGAUUCGGCGUCCGAAUCGGAAGAAGAAAGGACUGUUUUACGGAACUUUGAUGAUGAUAAUGAUUCUGAUGACGAUGAUGAGAUUGAGUUGGUGAAGUUGGCGAGUGAUAUGAGGAAAGCUGCAAGUUGCACGAGGGUGAGGUAUAAACAUCCUCGUCUAAGACUAGUGAUACCCAAGAUUGAAGCAGGCGAAAGCCAUGAGAUUGAUGACUUAUUGAAGGUACUACAAAGCUAUGAUGUUACAGUGGAAUGUGGUGAGGGAGCAUUGUUUUCUGGUGAGAAGGGCAAUCUCGCGAGUGCAGCUGCUCAAGGGCAUCUGCACCAUCUUCUUCCCACCCCAUUCAAAAACUUUACACCCACUUUGAACGUGGAUUGUACAUUACUGCUCGCCCUAGUAUCGGAUCUCUCGCACCUUAAAAACAUAGCACCUUCACCAGCCUAUCAUAAGGCCAUCAUCCGACAACUCGAGUUUGAGCGUGAACGACCCUUGCUGACCACAGAACUCUGGCCAGCAAUGAAUGAACAUGUUCUAGUAUGCACCGACGAGGCCGCAAAACGUAUGCGUGAGAUCGUUGAUACCAUCGGCACCGACACCGAAAAGAGACGAACAGAAAUAUUAUUCGGUGACCCUCCAUCUGAUAGUCGGGAGGCAAAGUCUGUCAUUCAAGUAUUUCAGGAAAUGUCUGAUUAUGAGAUACCGCCACAGUUGAAGAUGCCAGUUAAGGUGGUCGAAGCCAAGCCGGUUAUUGAUUCAGCGAUAGAACAAGGCAAACUUCCUCCGGUCUCGCACAAAGUGGCAGAGAUUCUGUCCGACAUCAACCACAGCGUAUUCUUUUAUGGAUGGGUUACCGGUAUCACAACCAUAUCGAGCAAUCGCACCGUGGUUAAGCAGAUCGAGACGAUUAUUGAACAGUAUAGAAAUGGCGACGAAGACUUGGAGGGGCCGAAGAUUUGGGUAUGUGAUACAGCCAGGAGCUUGAUUGGUAAAGAAAAGGGCCGGAAAGACUAGAGAAUCUGUUGUUGGACCGAUAAAAUAUUUAAGGAUGGCUCGAUAGAGACGAGACCAGCCUUUCUAUCAGCAAUCGACUCAAUACCAGGCAAGUUUGCCAUUUUACUUGCCGAGCAGGUAC